CAGCGGCCGGGAGGGAGGGAGGACCACCGGAGACCAGGCGGCCCCGCGACCCCGCGUUUCACAGCAAUGGCCUCAGCUGCGCAGCUGUGCCGGUGAUCCUGCCGCUGCACGUUGGGAAGAAGCAGAGACGCCUUGACAACCGACCUACCUUCCUCUCCUCAAAAAAAAAAAAAAAAAAGAGGGAGAGAGAGGGGAAAAAAUAUUACCACACCAGCAUAAACAAAUGCGACCAUGUACAGCGUGGAGGACCUCCUCAUCUCUCAUGGAUACAAGCUGCCCAAGCAUACCACCACCCCCUCCUCCACCCCUACCCCAGCCCCCGCGUCCCGCCAGGCGUCUUCAUCCUCACCGCCAGCCUACAGCAAACACCACGAAAUCCUGGAGAACAGGCCCGGCCCCAGGACAGUGAACGGCUAUGAAAGGGGGCCCGGGGCACCCUACGGGAACAGUGGUGGGACCAGGCAGCCCCAGCCGUACAGCAGCGGCUGCACCAACAACAACAACGAACCCAGGGACCGGAGCCAGCCCAGGCGGGAGGCUGAGAGCCGGAGCCACAUCGACACCUACUCUUUGGGAGAAUCGCUGACCUCGGACAGUGGGUUCUGUGAUGGCACCAGAGGUCCACAGCCACAGGCAAAGGACGUGGCCUACUGGAGGAGAAGAGGCCAGGACUUCGCUGUGCUGUUGGAUUACGCUAACUUCAGAGAUCCCCACGGCGGAGGACAGGGGGGUUACAGCAGGCCAGAGGGGCCACAGCAGGCUAGGGGCCAAGAGAUGUCUGCAGAGGAGCGUCAGAGGGCGGCUCAGGAGAGGCAGCACUGGGCAGCCCAGGCUCAGGUUCAGGCACAGGUCCAAGCUCAGGCCCGCUAUCGAGAGAGGGAUGCAGCUCUCCAUCAGUGGAAGAUAGCGAGUGAGAGGAAAUGCCAGAGCUUGGGGACAGAUGAGUGGCGUCCAGCCGUGAACUUUGGCCGCCAGCUGUCACAGAGUGAGGGUGAGCGUUGGGCACAGGAGCAGCAGCGUCUCCAUGCCAGGACUCCUGAAGGCAUGGUAGUCCACCCCAGGACCAAAGCCAAAUCCCAGUCCCUGCCGAGGAUGCUGCAGCCUGAGAGCCUGCAAUAUGUUGAAAUAGCCUCAUCUGGCCAGGAACUGUAUAGGCGGGUCAAUGGCCACCCGAUGUCACACCAUGACCUUUAUAGGACCCCCCGUUGGCAGGAGAACGGCAGGCCGGCUAGUGCUAACCAACUCUCAAUGACACCAAAGCCCCGCUUCAACCGACCCCCCAGACCACCCUCCUAUGAGAUGCACCAGCAGAUCAGGGGAAGCUGUGAGUUGUUGUCUGGGAGAGACUCUGUCAUUCCCCAGUCCAGGGACAGAACACCGCUUCCAAUAUCAAGGCCAGGUGACCCCCAGUUGGACUAUUAUGCACCGGACUCUGGACCUCCAGGAUACAACCCUCCCCCAUCCUAUAAAAGAGCCCCUUUAAUGGCAGGAGGACACAGGGGGUAUGGUGAAAUUGCUGUAGACUACAGGUACAGAGGGGAUGUGUACCAGCAGAUACAUGUGGCUCCAGAUGGAUCUCACUGGCUCACCAGACAUCCAGUAGGUUCCUGGCCUGAUCCCCAGCGAGAGAGGAGCUUGUCCUGCCAGAAGCAGCUUUAUCCAGUGUAUGCGGCCCAGGAGCACCCUGGUGGAGGGGUCCAGUAUAUCCCCUUUGAUGACCCGCGCAUCCGCCAUUUUUCCUCAGCCCUGGGCGGCAACUCCUUGACGGACGCCGACAAGAUCCGCCACAUUCGCAAUGAGCUUCCCAGCGUCACCGUGUCGGAGCCGGUGUCCGACGACAGUGCCUUUUUGCCCCCACCGCUGGGGCCUUUCAUCGCCGCUAAACUGGUCGAUGAUGCCAACCAGACGUCUUCUAGAGGGUUUGACAAUGACAAUACCAGGUGGCACAGUGAUUUGCACAAAGAUACUGUCGAUAACUUCCCAGCAACUGACCAAAACUGCAACAACAGAUAUCCCAAAAACCAACGUCCUCCUCUAUCUCCCUCUGCAACCUUCCAGGCCCCAUUAUCAAGAACUUCUUCCCGCCAGGGGUCCAACUCAGACCAAGUGUUUUCAGAAACCAUCACACAGGUGAAGAAAAUAGCCCCAGAUUCAGGCCCAGAGAACAACAGGAACACAAAGAGAAGAGUGAGUGAGACAAUCUUCUGUCUUGUGUCUGUCCCUGUUCACACACCAACAAACAUUAAUAAAGACUUGGCAGCAGAUCAGAACAACAAUGAGACAAUGCCAAGCCUGACUGUCACUAAAACAGAAACUUUUGCUGUAGGCCUCAGAGAGAGCCAAAGCGUUCGGAGCAAGUCUGUGAACGAGAUGCCCAUCAAAUCCCACUACUCUCACUAUCACACCAGCAGCACAUCCUCAAUGAGGAACUAUAAGAGGGCUCCUUUAAGGAAGGAGAUAAUAGAUGCCUGGGCACUCCAAGCAAGGGAAGACAAAGAGUUGUGCUAUGCCGGGUCCUGGCCUGGAAAUCAGUACCGCAAUCAGGAAACACAGACUGGUUCACCAUUGACGGUGGUAAAAAGUCCAGAACCCCAGAGUCCGCCUGGGGGACAAAAGCCUGUUCAGUCUGCCUCAGACACAACCACAGACAGUGGUGUGGGGACAGACGGUGGUUCCCCUUAUGGUUACCCUAUGGCGGGCCAGAAAAACCUUCAUCCCUCCAGUAACAGCGCCUUCUCCCGUCCCAGUCUCAGCCCAACACAAGCACCAGUAAUACAACCCUCCCAGCAACCUUUACAGCAGGAGCCGUCCUCCCCUUCCAUGGCCCGUGAUCAGGGAGACCAGCAGCCAUCCUCUCCAAGGAAAAGCAACUCCUGUCCCCCGGAGAGUGAAGAGCAAAUGGCCUUUGGACAGUUUCUCUUAAAGCCAGUGAACCGAAGACCGUUUGAUGCAAUUGGUGAACUGGAGUGCAUUAAUAAGGAGAUGGACGACACAAUCAGCAGGAGACCCCAUGUAGGUCAGAGCGCUGAUUAUCCGGAUGGGGGGAAUAACAGACUAGCCCACCAUAAAACAGGAGCACAUUUCACUGCUGGUCCAGAACCAGGCAGGGAAGCAAUCAGUCUUCCACCACUGCACAUGGAAAAACACACAAAUUUAAAAGUCAGAUCAAAGUCCUUGGCUUCUACGGCUGAUCUAGACUGCAUAGACAUAAGGAGUGCAUUCUCCAGGCCACAGGCCAACAACAUGCCACCAACAAAUGAGCUCUCUGUUCUCCCCAACCCAGGCCUAGAAGACAACUGCCUCCUGUCCUCAUUAUCCCUACACAACGACUCAAUUCCGUUCUAUAGACAGGACAUCCCAGUCCCUGAAGAGUCAUUGCUGAGGGACGUGGGGCUUACUGUAUACACAGAGACCCCUGGUGGCCCUGGGGAGCCAAUGCAGCGAUCACUCUCAGUUCCGUCUCCACUCAAUCACAAGGAGCUAAGUCAGACAGUGCAGCUCUUGUGGGACAGUAGGGCAAUUGUUAAAAAUGGUGAUUGCCCCAAGCACAAUUCAAAUAAAGAGCAUCAAGCUGAAGUGGAUGCACAGAGAAAAGCUAAAUCAGACAGUGUUCCACUAUGCAGGGGUGAUGUGAAUUUAAGCAUCUGUAGAAGCAGGAGCGAAAGCAGCAGAUCACCCAAGAAACAAGGCUCACCACAUAUCACAAGGCUGAGCAGGGAGGUUUCUUUUGUGUUCAAUGAUGAUACAGAGAGAUACGCCAUCUCUGAGCCUAUCUCCUAUAAGAAUGAGUCAACAAUAGCAGAUAAGCAUCUGGAGAACUUACUGAUUCAGGAGAAGGCCAAUUCGUUGCCUGUAGAGGACCUCAGCAACUUGUAUGAGGUCAAAUGUGCAAAAGGUAUUCCCGAGAAUGAGUCCAUUGAGCAGAGGGCAGCACGGAUCCUGGGUAUAGCUGUUCCAGUGGAGGCCUUGGGAGUGGCUGACAAACAGUCUGAGGACAACCAGGAUGACACUGACGCCACGGUGGCCGAGGAACCACUAAGUCCAAGUGAAGAGGCAAAGCAGGUGAUAGAAGAGUGUGAGCAAGUCAAAGAGGAGUCCCUGAUUGUUCAUGGGGCAGAUACAGAGGAGGUGAAGGAGCCAGGAUUAGGGUUAGACCAAGAGGAAGAGAACGAACACAAGCACAGCAACGACCACAGUGAUGGGGAACACAACCAGGAUCCUGAGACUCAGUCAACCGCAGCUCUGGGCCUGCCUGAGUUUCCACCCAGUAAGCUUACCCUAUCCCUGCCUGUCACACCAGACGAGAAGCUAGCACGGAGCAUGUGUAAUGUGGAGAAGAAGGGGAGAGGUGGGGCAUGCAAACUAAUCGAAUCCCUGCAAGAUAAGCUCAACACAUCCGCUUCUUCAUCGUCUACAUCUCUGAGCAGAUCGACCACAGACAGAAUGACACGCCUGAAAGAGCUGGACUCAGUGUCCCGAAUAAGACGCCUCAGUCUCAAAGGUUCUGAGUCUGAAGGAGAUGCUGUUUCGGAGGAGAAAAGGGUAGACAGUGAGGAGAGCGAGGUCCAAGAAGAGGCAAAGGAGGAAGUUGAGGAGAAGCAAGAAGAAGAGGAGGAAACAAAACCAGAGGAAGCAGGAAGGGAGGAGGUGGAAAACUCAGAUAAACAUGAAAAUGCACAUGAAACACGUGACAAGUCAGGAGACCCUGAAGACGUCGGUGAGCCUAAUGGGGAAAUGAAAGAAGGGAUAUGUAAUGAAGAGCAAAGACAAGAAGAGGAGGGAGGAGAAAUCAAUGAGGAGAUUGCAAUGAAAGUAGACAAUAGAGGGAGUAGCGAAGUCGAUGUUGAAUUAAAAACAGAACAGACUGAAGGAGAGGUGGAGCUGAAUAUUGUGGAGGAUGAUAUAGAGAAGCCUUUGGAGAAAGUGAGAGACAGACAGAAUGCAGAGCAAGUCAGGAUAGCUGAAUCGACACAAGACGCAGAGAAGCAAAAGUUGCCUAAACCAAAGCAGCGCACCCGGCUGCAGAAGCCUCCUCUGCUUCCUAAACCACGGAGCGUUCCCAAGAGAGAGAUAACGCUGCCACUCAGCUUCAGUUCUGGGAUCUGUGGCCCCUCGAAUAUUGAGGAUGAGGAAACGCAUCCUGUCUCAGACGCCUACGACCCCAGUCGGGUGGAGAGAGUGUAACCUCUGACACUUCCCUUCACCACUGGGGAAACCUGUCUUUCUCAAGUUAACAGCUUUUUCCAACAACAAAGGCUUUCAUCUCACCUCAUGGCUUUGUCUGCCAUGACCCCUCCAAUACUGUUACGCAUUACUUCUCACGGAACUGACUGUCCUGGUGCUGCGAGAGCAUUUUUUGCAACAGCCAAAUAAAGGCACCACUGGUGCCCAUUCUCCAGGCCUUUUCAACCAUGUCAUACUCGUCCUUCCAUUCACUCCACCUCCCGAAAAGGUUUAUUUGCUCAAGCAGGCGGACGUCCUCCUUUUGAAAUUGUCUUUAUUUGCUUUUGGAAAAAUGCGUGUCAUUAUUCCCAUUCUGCGCUUUGGCUCCUUCGAUUGCUCGGGUGUUGAAAUAUGAAUGUAAAAGUGCUUCUGCUCUGCAAACAAAGGUAAUGUAACAGUGAAAAUAAACAAGAAGGCAAGAGUAUUGCAUUACAAUCAGUAUUAACCUACACCAAAUGUAAAUAAGAAAGAGUUAUUAGAUUUUAUUAAGAAUAUAAAAAAAUCAGUUUAAGACAUUUAAUUGCAGAAUAAAUGUAUAUUUUCUUAUCUAUGUUAAGAAAAGACUCGAUUUUUGGAAGUGUUGUCUUUGGGUGUGUUACUAGAAAUGAAACCCCCUGCUCUUUAUUCUUAUACUUGUGUGAUAGAGAAUGUACUCAGAGAGCCGGGAUUGCAAUGAGAAACACUGUGGUCGUUGAAUAGAUUCACUCAAGAGCAAUAUAGAUGUUGUGUUAGGGCGUCUGUGACAUGAUUUGAGAGGUAAAUCUCCAUUUGAAGGAGCUGAUCUUAUUUAAAGGUUUGCUUUGAAGCCCUACCUUUUGGUACAAGUGUUAGAUUCGCACUGCUGAGAUUAUUGGCUUUAUGUCACCAGCGAGCACCUGAUAAUCUCCUCAAAUACUCGGAGAUUACACUCGCAGGGAUUCGCGCUCGCACGCUCAGCGGUGCCAUCAGCGAUCUCGACAUGUAUCAGAAACGUCUGAUUUAAGUGUUAUUUUUGUUAAUCCUCAUACUGUUCAAAGAGAAAAAUCUAUAUUUUGUGGCAUUUACAGAAGUCUAUAUUUAACUGUGGGGAUUCCUUUGUUCAUAUAUUAGUUUCAGAAGUGCUUUUCUUGCAGGAAACGAUAGAUGUAGCUAUAUUGAUCGCAGUGUGCCUUGUACACACUGUUUCUGUGGAGAACUUCAUCUGUGUGUCACUCGUCAUGUGUUGUCCGUUUACAAAUCCUAAUUUAAACUGGACAUCAAUGAUUCAUUUAACUUUCACCAACUAAAGAGAUAUUUGGAGUUGUUUUGGCAAUAAUAAUAAAUAUUAAGCUGAAGGUGCUUAGUAUUGAUGCUGUGUAGAACAUAGCUGUUGGAAUAUUACAGUAUCUGAACAUGAUAAAUGAUUUAAUGUUGACAUAUCAGUGCUUUAUAAGUUGUGGGCAUAAAUGGCAAUUGGUUUACACUCACGUCACUUAUGGGGUAGCAAUACAAGUAAAUAAAAAAAAUAUAUACCAAACAGAACUUUGUGCUAUGCAUUGGACAUCACCAUUCACUGGGUUUAAGACCAACAUUCAAAGCGUAAACUGGAAGUGGUUUUGCUCAUUUGACCCUGUCACUCUCUGAUCCAGCUGUAUAUGAUGUUGAACCUGUCGGAUGUGGCUGUAGACACGUGCAUGGAAGUGGCUCGAUCUCGGCUUCACCAGUGGAAGCUCGGUCCGAGGUUUCGUCUUUUGUCCUGUUACCCACCCAGUACCCGUACCUCUGUGUUCCAGGUCGCGUGUUAUCUGGCUCGUAGGUCUUUUUUGUACUGCAAUUCUUUGUAACAUAAUAUAGACGAUUGGUGCACAUCUUGCUUUGAUAUUUUCUAUUUUCAUACAGAGGUAUGUACAGCUUCUUUUGUAUGCGCAGCAUCUUUCAUUUUCCUUUUUCGUGCAUGAAGUGCGUAAGACGUCACAGAGAGAGAGGGUGUAUUUGCAUAUAAUUGCAUUUGGUACUAUAGUCUAUCCAAUAAACGAGUGUUAUAUUUCAUAUAAUGUAUAUUUUAUUUUCAAAGGUUAAGCUACAUAUUUAAACAGAACAAGGUAUUUUUAGAUUUAUUGUGAAAAGGGAACUGUUUUUGAAGGCACAACAUUUGUCUAUAUUUGCUAUGAUCAUUAAAAUGGUCGUAAAUAGAGACAAGUUUGUGCUGUUGUACAGUACUGCAGACUAUUCAUAAAUAAAAGUCUUUGCAUGAAA